AUGCGUUCUGCCCUCUUUGUUGCGUUUAUUAUUUCAUUCCUCGUAUCUGCUACUUAUGCAGGUCCUUGUGUCUAUGGUCUCUUCUUUGGUACAAUUGCCGCUGCAGUUGCGUCUCCUGCGAUUCUAGGAUGCAAUGCUAUGUUUGGGGCAUGUUCAUCAGCAUGUGCUUGCACUCUACUACUUCCAACUCCAUAA